GAGAGAGAAGGGAGGGAGGGAGGGAGAGGGGUGGGACGAUCCCGCGAUGUGGAAAUAGUUCAUCCUUUGGCAGUUCUGAAAUCGCCCUCUUUUUCACCCCCCCCUCCCCCCCCCCAACAAAACCCCAGAGCAACACAGAGAGAGAGAGAGAGAGGACUUCUUCUCGCGAGUGACCCUCCGGCAGCUCAACACCGCUGAUCUGAUCAGAUCAGAGGGACCGACACCGAAUGAAUUCAUUUAAAGACCGAGCAAACAGCGAGUGGAUCACAAGCGAAGCUGAUCGUGGACCGCACUCCCCUCUGGUGCUGUGUGUGGUGUAGUGUUGUGUAGUGUAGUGUUGUGUUGUGUGUAUUUCGGGCAAAGAAGUUCGAAGACACCGCUUCUCCUUGAGCUUUUAUCCAGUCCCUUUUUGUGCAUAUUGGCAUGACCUCAUUGCAGAGCCAUCUAUCCUGUACAGGCUGGCACUUGGGCCCGAAUCAAAGGUAACCGGAUGCUAUGAAGCCUUUCACAAGGAAUAAAUUAAUAGAGGAGGAGCGGAAGGUGAAAGCCAGCAACCGUGAAUACAAUGAAAGAUUUGAAUAUGCUAAUAACCGCAUCAACACUUCCAAAUACAACGUGAUCACAUUUCUGCCUAUUAACUUGUUUGAGCAAUUCCAACGGGUCGCAAACGCAUACUUUCUAUUCCUGCUGAUUUUACAGCUGAUUCCUCAUAUUUCCUCCCUGUCCUGGUUCACAACGAUAGUGCCUUUAGUGUUAGUGUUGACUAUCACAGCAGUCAAGGAUGCUACGGAUGACUUUUUUCGCUACAAGAGCGACAACCAGGUCAACAAUCGAAAUUCUCAGGUGCUGAUCGGUGGCAAGUUGCAGAAUAAAAAAUGGAUGAACGUUCGAGUGGGAGACAUUAUCAAAUUGGAAAACAAUCAAUUUGUGGCUGCUGAUCUGAUGUUGCUAUCCAGCAGUGAGCCACAUGGGCUCAGUUACGUGGAGACAGCUGAGCUGGACGGGGAAACCAACUUGAAGGUUCGUCAAGCGCUGACGGUCACCUCAGAACUCGGAUCAGAUAUAAGCAGACUGGCGGAGUUUGACGGGGAAGUAAUCUGUGAACCUCCGAACAAUAAAUUGGACAGGUUCACGGGAACGCUGUCCUGGAAGGAUAAUAAGUAUUCCCUGGACAAUGAGAAGGUCCUGCUCCGAGGCUGUGUGCUGCGGAACACAGAGUGGUGCUUCGGGAUGGUGAUCUUUGCAGGUCCUGACACCAAGCUGAUGCAGAACUGCGGCCAUACAAAAUUCAAACGCACGAGCAUAGACCGAUUGAUGAACACUUUAGUGCUGUGGAUCUUUGGCUUCCUGGUGUGUAUGGGGACCAUUUUGGCCAUCGGAAAUUCAAUAUGGGAACACAAGGUGGGAUUCUAUUUCCAGAUUUACCUGCCCUGGGAUCCGUGGAUAGAAAACUCUGUCUUUUCAGGAUUUUUAAGCUUCUGGUCGUACAUCAUUAUCCUCAAUACCGUCGUGCCGAUUUCACUGUAUGUCAGUGUGGAAGUCAUCCGGCUCGGACACAGCUACUUCAUAAACUGGGACCGCAAGAUGUAUUACGCCAAGAAGGACACCUUUGCCGAGGCUCGGACCACAACCCUCAACGAAGAGCUGGGCCAAAUAGAAUACAUAUUUUCUGACAAAACAGGAACUCUCACCCAGAACAUAAUGGUCUUCAACAAAUGCUCCAUUAAUGGGAAGGCCUAUGGGGAUGUGUAUGAUGAGCACGGACAUAAAACUGAAAUAUCUGAGAGGAUAGCUUCCGUGGACUUUUCAUCCAACCCCUUAGCAGAUAAGAAAUUCAUGUUUUAUGACCACAGUCUGCUGGAAGCUGUUAAACUGGAGGUUCCCAUGGUCCAUGAGUUUUUCCGGGUGCUAUCUCUGUGCCACACGGUGAUGCCGGAAGAAAAGAAUGAAGGAGAACUCUUUUACCAGGCCCAGUCACCUGAUGAAGGAGCACUGGUCAUGGCAGCGAGGAAUUUUGGCUUUGUGUUUCGUUUCCGCACCCCAGAGACCAUCACAGUGCAGGAAAUGGGUAAAUCCGUCACCUACCAGCUCCUGGCCAUCCUGGACUUUAACAAUGUAAGGAAGAGGAUGUCUGUGAUAGUUAGGAAUCCUGACGGGCAAAUACGACUGUACACCAAGGGGGCUGAUACUAUUUUGUUUGAAAGGCUUCACCCGUCUAAUGAAGAGCUGAUGUGUGUGACCUCAGACCAUCUCAGUGAGUUUGCUGGGGAAGGGCUCAGGACCCUGGUGCUGGCCUAUAAGGAUCUGGAUGAGGAUUACUUUGAGGAGUGGUUGAAAAUGCAUCAUCACGCCAGCGUGUCACUGGAUAACCGAGACGAGAAGCUGGCUGCCGUGUAUGAAGAAAUCGAACAGGACAUGAUGUUACUAGGUGCCACAGCAAUAGAGGAUAAACUACAAGAAGGAGUUCCGGAUACAAUUGCCAACCUUUCACUAGCCAACAUUAAGAUCUGGGUACUGACUGGAGAUAAGCAAGAGACGGCAGUAAAUAUCGGUUACUCCUGCAACAUGUUGAGAGACGACAUGAAUGAGAUUUUCACGGUUUCCGGUCACACAGCUCUCGAAGUGCGUGAAGAGUUGAGGCAAGCAAAGGAGCGAAUGACUGGGUCAAGAGAAGGACUGUGUAAUGGACAUCACUCUGAGAAAGCUGAGGCUUCGAAGUUCGAGUCAGUGAUUGAGGAAACAGUUACCGGAGACUAUGCACUGAUCAUGAACGGGCACAGCUUGGCUCACGCGCUGGAAGCAGAUCUGGAUCAGGAGUUCCUGGAGACAGCGAGCAUGUGCAGAGCGGUUAUCUGCUGCCGGGUCACACCACUGCAGAAAGCCCAAGUGGUCGAGCUUGUUAAAAUGUACAGGAAGGCAGUCACGCUGGCGAUAGGGGAUGGGGCAAACGACGUCAGCAUGAUUAAAACUGCACACAUAGGAGUGGGCAUCAGCGGCCAGGAAGGAAUGCAAGCCGUUCUGGCCAGUGAUUAUUCAAUCGCACAGUUCAGAUAUCUGCAGCGACUCCUGCUAGUCCACGGGAGAUGGUCCUACUUGAGAAUGUGCAAAUUCCUCUGUUACUUUUUCUACAAAAACUUUGCAUUUACCCUGGUGCACUUCUGGUUUGGUUUCUUUUGCGGGUUCUCUGCCCAGACUGUUUAUGACCAGUGGUUUAUUACCUUAUACAACAUAGUUUAUACUUCUCUUCCCGUCCUGGCCAUGGGGAUAUUUGACCAGGAUGUGAACGAACAGAAAAGUAUGGAGUACACUAAACUGUACGAGCCUGGGCAGCUCAACCUCUUGUUCAAUAAACGAGAGUUCUUUAUCUGCAUCGCACAAGGAAUCUACACCUCCAUCGUCCUUUUCUUCAUCCCGUACGGUGCAUUUUAUCACACUACAAGAGAGGAUGGGACCCAUCUCUCGGACUACCAAUCAUUUGCUGUUACUGUAGCCACGUGCUUGGUGAUUGUGGUCAGUUUACAAAUUGGCCUUGAUACCAGCUAUUGGACAGCUAUCAAUCACUUUUUUAUAUGGGGCAGUGUUGCCAUCUAUUUUUGUAUACUGUUUGCAAUGCACAGCAAUGGCCUGUUCGAAUUAUUUCAAAACCAAUUUCCAUUUGUAGGAAAUGCUCGGAAUAGUCUGAUCCAGUUUUCCGUGUGGCUUAUCAUAAUGCUGACCACAGUGGUGUGCAUCAUGCCAGUUGUGGCAUUCAGGUUCCUCGUGGUAGACUUGAAACCAACGCUGAGCGACAAGGUCCGUUACAUGCAACGAGCCCGGAGGAAGCAGAGGCCACGCUUGCACCGCAUGCGCAAGGUACAUCGCAACAGCUCCCGGCGUUCCGGCUACGCAUUCGCUCACCAAGAAGGCUACGGUGAGCUCAUCACCUCCGGCAAGAACAUGCGGUUCAGUAACCCGUCAGCGCCCGGCUUACAGGGGAGGUCAGUGUUGAACAGCGCCAGUUGGAUCGAGACCUUACGGAAAAAGACCACAGAGACUGUGAACAGCUUUGGCAGCGACAGGCACCUCAAAGCAUGAGUUGACCAGUACUUGGAGACAGAGCAGAUGGCUCUACCGCUCACUCUAAGCCGUAACCUGCUCUGGGAUUCACGCCUGCAAGGCUCGAAGGGACUGCUCGUGGGACAGUCGUAAACAGCGAGCGUUCGUUUCCGAGCUGUUGCGUAUCAUUUUUUGUAAUACGUAGGGAUGGGUUGCGUCACAAGGUGGGGAUCGUGUCGCUCGCAGGUAACCCAAAGCGUUGGGAGAGUACUCCGACAUUCCCGCAAACAGAUAUCUGAAUGCAAAAAGGUUUUGAGUGGUAAUCUGGGCAAAGGGUCUUGUUGGUGGGCAGGAAAGGGUGAAAGCCACAGCCUUCAGCAAACCUACUGACUGACCCCAAUCAUUCCCAGCUGUACUUUAAAUUGCAAGUUUGUACUCCUUAAGCUGUAAAUAUUUUUGUAACUUUAAAAUUUUUCUAAGAAAAUAAGGAAAGUUUUUUUUUAAAAAAAGAGAAAAAAAUACAAAGAGACCAUGGGCUGGUUUGAAAUCACGCUGCUUAAUUUAAUUGCGAGAUCCCAAGCAACUUUUACGGAACCACAGAAUUUUUAAAUGCACACCAUUUAGUUUUUCUGCCAGAUAAUGUUCAUUUCUUCCUUUCACUGUUAUGUUUUUCGGGGGUGGGUGGGGGAACAGGGUGAAACUCAAUCUGAUUGUAUUCUGCAGCGGAAUGUGACCCCUUUUUUUUUUGCAAUGAUCCUCUUUUGAGGGCUUAAGGUGCCUUUUCGGUUUCCUUCGGGGAGGAAACUGUUUUUUAUUUGAAUGUGCGUUACUGAAAACAAAACAUUUGUCUGUCACCUGGAAACUCUUUGCGUUUUCCCCUUAAUUUUGAGGCCUAAACUGAGCUUUCUCUGUCGACGUACAACCAACUUGCUGCUCUUGUGUGGAUUGCUGCAUUUUUAACACAAGGCGGUUUCUCGAACAUCGUUGCUCAACGACAACUUGCGUUUACACAGUGCCCUUCGCGUAGGUUUGACGUCUCGGAGCGCUUCACAGUAGCGCGGUCGGAUACCAAGUAGGUGGAACGAGGCGGAGGAUAGAGAGAGGGUAACUAGGGUAACUAGUUACUCUGGUCGUUCCAGUCUAUCGGUCUCAGUUGCCUACAAGGGAGAAAUAAACAGGACUUACACAGCUGAAAGAAAUUGGCAGUUAUUGAUCUUGGUUCUGAUGCUGUGUAUAUCCAUUGAUAGAUGUCUGCUUCUCAGUUCUCUCCCUCCCUGCACCCCCUUCGCCCUUCCCCCCACCCCCACCAGCCAGCAAUGCCUCACGCUUCCAUGCUCAGUUGGGAGUAGAGAACUCUUCUCCGGUAUUUCCUCACUGUAAACCUAUCUUUUAUCGCUUUUCCUCAACACUACUACAUUCAGACUUGGCAGCUUUUGAACUUCCAACUUUCGUUUGGGCCCUGAGCCUCAGUAAGGCAUAUCCACCAUCCUCUCCCUUUAAGUGAUUUUAAGAACGAUAUCCUGUCUGUGUCAUGUGUCGAGUCAGUGCCCUUCAUUCCAUUGUUCCUGUUUCUGGGCCUUUUUUGGUGUCAAAUUCUGCCACACUUACAAACGGGACAUUUGCUUCACCUGCCCAUCGACCACAACUGGUGCCUUAGUUGCCUAUCUUCUAGGCCUGAUUUCAGACUAUGAGCAUGGUCAGAAUCUUUAGUCGUGGGCACUUUGUGAACAUUUUACUUGAAAUACUAAAAGAUCACCCUUCAUGUCAUUCAACAGUCCCUCACAGUCCCUUUGGGUUAUACAUACCCUAGUGCCUUGGUGGGGCUGAUAUAUUGGAAUAUGGAGAAAACUUACAUUGUACAAAGGGGGCGAAAGACAAACCAAAGGUGUCUGGCAUGACUUGAAACACUUGAAAUUCGCAUGAUUUGAUAUUGAAAUGUGCACGAAUGGGGUGGUGAAAAGAAACAAGGUUGGAUUUUUCCUGAGAGUUUUCUAUCUUGGGUCCAGACAAAUGGAGAUUUCUCCUGUCUCCGACACUCCUGGCUUUCCUUCUUAGAUGCUGUUCAUUGUUUAAUCACAAAUGAUUUCCCUGCCUACUCCCCAACUCGCCUGCCUUGGAAUACGGGCGGUGAAUGUGUCCACAAAACCUUGAUGCCAUAUCACAAUGAACAACAUGCUGCUGGGUUGCAAAGUUGUCUUGUAAGUGACCUCUUCUUGGUUUUGGGGGUCUACACGUAUGUGCAACGUGCCUCUAAUCAUGGCUCCAAAUCUGGUUCCAGUUUCAUAUUCUAUUCCAAAAAUCCUCUGUCCAAACCCAUACAUCUGUAUGUGCAAUAGAGUCCGGUUGUGGACACUAGACUGGGUAGCUUAAAAAUUUAUCUGACAACUAUAGUACUUGUGAUUGAAUAGGUAAUUUUUAUUUCCAAAUUUAUUUGUCUAUUAUUUUCAAACAUUGGUGCAUUAGGAUUGCAGUUAAUUGGAUCUGGCUUGUCUUAAACAUGGAUUUCCGUUAUUUUCAAAGCUCCGUGGAGAGAAAAUCAUAUCUCAGAGAAUAUUCACAGCUAAAGGUAAAUGAGUCGAGUAGGGGAACAGAGGGGCAUUGUGCAUUAGGCACACUGCCCUUCCACCUCUGGUGCCUGGUGUUGAAUCCAGCACAGGUGGAAGAGUCAAAACUUCCUCUCUUCUGUAGAAAUUCCAAGCCUUACGUUGAAAAUAUUUUUUGCCAGUCUUUUUGUCAAAACA